AUGGUAAAAGACACUGCUCGUGCUCCAUCACCGCCACGACUACCUCGAAAUCUCUUCCUUCUCGUCUCCUUCCUUCCCCUGUUCCUUCAUUCGCCCCUUCCGCGCCAGCUCUGCCUCGAGCUGCCCGGGCAGCUCACAUUCAUCACGUCUUCCCUAAAGAAACGCAAGGUUUCACGCCCGUCGAGAAGAGGCGACGACAAUACUCUCCAUUCCCGCCCACAGUCCCAUCAACACCCCGGGGAGCCGCAGGACGAACAACCCCCGCUACACCAACUCUCUUUUCCCGUCGCCUCUCACCGUCCCGUCGACAUCCGGCAGACCCGACAACAGCACCGACGGCCUGGCGAUUUACACAACGGCAGCCGGGAUCAGCAGUUGCAGGCCAUCCUCCCGUCUACAGAGAGGGAGGACGUCGACGCCGACGACGACGCCGACAAGCGCGAGGGCACGGAUAGGACCCACCACACUGGGGACGACAGCAGUGACGAGCACGACAGUGACAACGAAGACGAAAACGACGACGGCAACAGUAGCGACCUAAACCCCACGUUUUCAUUUUCUGCCGCCUCCAACGCCGCCUCGUCGGGGCCGACCACUCCCACAUACAGCCGAGCCGGCUCUGUGUCCCUGCCGCCCACACGGACGGCUGCGCUUGGCUACGUCAACGACGACCACGACGACAGCGAGACAACCACCCCUGACGCAGAGGCCGACGAUUUCGACGCCGCGUCCAACACCUCAAGCCCGCCGGCGCCUCCUAGUGUCGCCACCGGUAAUAACACUGCCGCCAGUGCCACGCUGCUGACCAAGAACAGCGUUGCCAACAUCCGCAAGACCAGGUCCAGUCGUCCAGCUACGCGCCGCGCAGCCGCCACCUCUGCCUUGCCAACGGAUGCUGACACCAUUGGCCAUCGUCGGAAGAUCCAGAAGCACAAAACGAACGCUUCGGCCGCCUCACCCCUUCAUCUUUCGCUACCUUCCAUUCACUCUCGCCGACCCGCGCAGCAGCAACGGUCCUACGAGCGCAGCCAGUCGCCGCUUGUCCCUAUCUCUCACCGCGCCAUAAUUAUGAGCGGCGCCAGCGACGAAACUUUUCACCGAUCGAGCUCGCCCUUGAAGCGCACUGCAUCCAACAUGGAGGAGUCAUUCGACAACAUCGAAUCAGCCUCUGAAUUCCAAGCCAACUCAUCCCCACCACAGCCCAGCUCCUCGUCACCGUUGCGGACGAACACCACUGAAGACGACGUUGAAAUGGCGACUGCAGCACCCAGCGACGAGGCAGACGCUGCAGAUACGGAAGCUGCCCACGUCGAGACGGACGUACCCCCGAUCGAAGAACAGAUAAGCACCAUCGAAAAUCUUGUCAAGGACUUUAAUACGGGAGAGUUGGAAGAGGGCACCGCCGCGUACCUUGUAUCGCGCAGGUGGCUUGCCCGGGCACAGGCGCUCGGCAGCGGCGAUGCGGCCAAGGCCGCCAAAGAGGUGCCCCAGGGCUCACUUGGUCCAGUCGACAACUCUGACAUUGCAGACGGUGUCGUUGAUGACAUUGAUGGCGGCAAGACUGUCCGGUUAAAGGCUGGAACCAGCCAGGAGGACUUUGAAUACUUUUCCAAGGAAGCGUGGGAUCUCCUCGUCUCGUGGCACGGCCUGGCCAAAGGCCAACUACCCAUCAUUCGCGUUGCACACAACACAGCGCCGAACUCGAUGAUCCCGAACGUCCAGUACGAGUUACACCCUCCCGUCUUCACUCUGCACCGCCUAUGGUCUGCCGUGAGCACCAUUCCCCAUACCAAGGAGGUGCCGGAUGCAGCCCAGGCGGCACCCGUCAUCAUGUGCACGAGCAAUUAUAAUAUCCAAGGAUUCCUUCGCAAAGCCAAGACGCUCCUGCAUAUCCCAAUGGAGCGCCACGUGCGUAUGUGGAGCGUACCACGGAAGUUAGCAGCCAGCAACACCCCGUCCACCCCCGCCCGCACUGCGGCGACUACCGGUCUUGGUCCAUCGUUGUCAACUCCACCCGACUCCCCGAGACUGACGGGCAAGGGCGGUGACGCCAGUGCAGUGUCCAACCCGCAGGACUCGUGGUCUAAGCUGCUCCUGGAAGUCACUGACUUUAUGAUGCUCCAGCCCAAUGUCGAGCGUGAACAGCUCUCCCAAGUGAAGGACCUCACCCACGACAAAAAGUACAACGGCCGCCAGACCCUUGCCUUCAUCUCCAUCACCGUCGACCAGACAAUCGUCCUCGACGAAAACGUCGAACGCAACCUCUGGGUGUCCACGUACAACCCCAAGACGGCUGGCAAGGACAAGGGGAAGGCCAACACGGCCUUCUCCACAUUGCCUGCCGUCGGCAACCUUGCCAACACAUCCGCCUCCCGAACAGGUGGCGCAAACAGCACGGCAGCAAGCAGCGGUCGCAGCAGUCCCAGCCAUGUCGGACCUGUGACCCGGGGCCGAACGAAGCAGAAGUCCGGGCGCACUAUGGGUUGCGUUGGUCUUGGCAACCUCGGCAACACAUGCUACAUGAACGCCGCCUUGCAGUGCCUCCGCAGCGUGGAGGAGCUCACCAAGUACUUCCUUGUCCACGAAAACGAGGCCGAGACCAACCAUUCGAACCCGCUCGGCCAUGGUGGCAACGUUGCCAAUGCAUACGCAUUUUUGCUGGAAGAGAUCUUUAGAGAUAAUGUCCCCAUGUCUAUCGCACCGCGGCAAUUCAAGUCCACCAUUGGCCGGUAUGCUCCCGCCUUUGCUGGCUAUGGCCAACAAGAUUCGCAAGAGUUCCUCGGCUUCUUAUUAGAUGGUCUCCAGGAGGACCUGAGCCGUGUCAAGAAAAAGCCCUACAUAGAGAAGCCCGACUCGACCGACGAGAUGAUUAACAACCCUGUCGCGAUCCGGGAGAUGGCCGAAAAGGUCUGGGAUAUCACGAAGCGCCGUGACGAUUCCAUCAUUGCCGAUCUCUUCACCGGAAUGUACAAGUCGACCCUGAUCUGCCCCGUGUGUCAAAAGGUCAGCAUUACCUUUGACCCUUUCACGAACUUGACACUGCCUCUGCCGAUCCAAAACGUGUGGUCCAAGACCAUUCGGUUCAUUCCGCUCAACGACCGCCCUGUCUACCUAAGUAUCGAGCUGGAUAAGACCAGCAGCGUGCGCUCCUUCAAGGAGUUUAUCAGUGUGCGUGUCGGAGUACCAGCGGACCGUCUUGUGGCCGCAGAAGAACUUCGCGAUAACAUCAUCCGCGUCUACGACGACUUUGAGUGCGUCUCGGAAGAGAUGGCAGCCAACGACUCUGUGCUGGUCUACGAGGUGGAGCGCACACCGACCAAUAACAGCGGCAGCAAGAUGCCCCGGAAAAAGCCGCGGUCCAUGCUCUUGAUUGACGACAUUGAGCCGGAGGUUCCGUCCUGGGACAGCCCCAUGGCGAAGAGCCUUCUUGUUCCCAUCAUCCAUCGCUUUGAUCCCAACCACAGGCGCCGUUACACAAAGUCUACUGGACUCGCCUGCCCGCCACAUUUCAUUGUUGUCACCCCCGAGGAAGCAAGAAACGAGGAUGUCAUUCGCCGCAAAAUCUUGGAGAAGGUGGCGUCGUACUCGACCUGGGCGGAGUUUUCCAAGGCAGAGAAUCCGGCCCAUUCCCCGAGCACAGCCACCAGCACAACCACCACCCCAGACGGCAGUAGCGAUGGGAGUCGCGGGGACGAUGCCACAGAUGCAACGGAUAACGACAUUGUUGUCACCAGUGGUUCGGAUGUUGAGUCAGCGAGCGACAGCAAGGUCAUUGCCAAAUCCAUCGAAGGCGAAGAUGAUAUGAUUGACAUCACCAUGAAGGACGCCUCGGCCGCGGAGGCAGUCACUGCCGACCAGGCAGAGGCGGGCUCUGCGUCGUCCAAAAUUCUGUACAAGUUCAACCGCCACCGUCCACGGUGGGUUACUGAACCCAGUCUGUUCUUGGCUGGCGAGCUCCAGAACCUAUUCCAGAUGGGCUAUUACGAUGACACAAGCAAUCUGAUUCCCAUCAAGUGGUCUGGCUCGUCUGAUGAGAAGCUGUAUCCGAACCUCCGCUCUCGCAUGCCCGCAGCGGCCAAACGGUCGUCUGUUGACCGGGAUAUGGACAGCCCUGGACCCUGGGAGAGUGCAGCCGGAACCGACAACGAGGAGAGCAGCCAGGGCGGCGAUGCGUCGCCAAACGAUGAGGACAGUGCGCGCUCAGCCGAAGUGACGCGGAUGACCGAGGAGUCGGACGAUGAAGACUUGGCCGUGCCGCCUCCGAUUGGCAUGCGUAGCCACCCAGUCGACCUUCCCAAGAGCGGACCCGCCCGCCGGAGGGCACUGAAGCAGUACAAGGCGCGUGGCCCUAAAGGCGCCAAGCGCCGUCAGCGUCAUCCGCAAGCGUCUGCCAACCGCCCGCCGCGUUUGGAAUCCGUGGAGGGUGAACGUGAGAGCGAUCACGCCAAGAAUGAUGACGAUGACAAUGACAAUGACAACGCGGCAAUGCCCCCGGUUUCGUCCUCUACCUCUAACGGCUCUGCCGUGGUCGUGUCCUCCAAUAGCGCGCCGCUCAUCCGCCUCGGCGAGGGCAUCAUGGUCGACUGGAGUGCAGAAGGUUGGGAUGCCGUGUUUGGCAAAGAGGGCCCGGAUGAUAAGAUGCGGGGCGAGCCGACGUUCGAGGACCCGAUCCCCGUGGUCGACGACCCGGAGCUGCAGGAGAAGAAGCGUAACCGCAUCAGCCGUAAGAAGCGGGGCCUGACUCUCGACGAGUGCCUCGACGAGUUUGAGCGCGAGGAGAUAUUGUCAGAAAAUGACAUGUGGUACUGCCCUCGCUGCAAGGAGCACCGUCGUGCCAGCAAGAAGUUCGAUCUGUGGAAGACGCCGGAUAUCCUGGUUGUUCAUUUGAAGCGGUUCAGUUCUAGUGGAUGGCGCCGCGACAAGUUGGAUAUGCGGGUCGAUUUCCCAGUCGAAGGCCUGGACAUCACCAAGCGGGUGCUGGAUCGCCAAACCGGCAAAGAGGAGAUUUACGACCUGAUCGGUGUCGACGACCAUUGGGGCGGCCUUGGUGGCGGCCAUUACACGGCCUUUGCCAAGAAUUUUAUCGACCACCAGUGGUACGAAUACAACGACUCGUCCGUUUCCAGGGUGAACGACUCGAGCCGCGUCGUCUCCGCUGCCGCGUAUCUGCUGUUCUACCGCCGUCGGUCCGAUGUGCCCCUGGGUGGCCCUCGGUUCAUCAAGAUAGACGAAAAGUUUGCGCAAGAGAUGGCCACCUCCGAUGAUGACGCGUCUGAGUUGGGGGAAGGUCGGCGUCUCGGCACCGGCUCCUCCUUAAUUGGGUCGUCGAGCGCCUCGAAAGGAGCCGCAGCGGAUCGCCGGCAUCGCGCAAGUCCUGGUUUGGCUAGCAGUGGAACCAGCUCUCUCACGCUAGACGCUAAUGGCGGCGGUGCCCGUCUCAGCAGCCCGACAACGGUCGACGACUAUGACGACGAUGCCGAUAGUGACUAUCUUCCUCCGCUUGCUUCAGCGUCUCGCGGCAAGGCCCGGGGUGCAGCAAGUGGCCUACGUGUCAAGGCGGUCGCUGUCGAUUCUGGUGACGAACAAGACGACGCAUAUGGCGCGGCCAGCUCGGGCACCGGUCUUCUCAACUUUGGUGAAUCCUCCAAUAGGUCUAGGGGACGCUUCGAUAAUGGCGUCCGCAAGUCCGUGGAGAUGGACGACCUGUACCCCGGCAGCAGCCACCAUGAGAGCGGGUCAUGGACGCAGCAGUCUUGGAGCUUCGGACCGUCUGUGGGUGGAGGCAACCACAACUCACCUGGCUCGGAUGGUGCCGAUGUGGACGAGCUGGAACUGGGCGACACUGCCACUGCCACAGGCUCGGACGCGCGCGACCCCGACCUGAUGAGCCUCGGCACGGCCGACCACCAAGACGUCGACAUGUCGUUCCUCUCGACAGCCGUGCCCGUGACUGGCCUUCAUGCUUUGACAGAGGACGAUCCAGACUCCCCGACGCCGCCGCCGCCAGAUAUACUGACGCAGGCCAACAUGGAGGACAUCCAGCAACAAGUUUGGGCGCGCAAGCUGGACGCGCAAUCCGCCGGUGACCGGAUUCAUACCAUAACCAUGUCAGACAACGGAGCGGAUGCGGCUUCAGAGAACGCCGUUGACAUUCACAUUAGCGAGGACGAGGAAGGCAAGAUGGACGAGUAA